AUUAUAAAAUUAACUAGCAAAAAUAUUGAGCAUUAAUCGAUAUGGCCUAUAAGAAAAACAAAACAGGCGUUAUCAAUAAAAAAGAAGAGUAAAAAUAUAACUGAAGCUCAUAGGCACCUGAGACCAAGAUAAUAAAUUAGUUUACCAAUUGAAAGCGUCUAGAGAACACUAUAUAGAUUUUUUAUUAAAACUUAUUUUGAAUUUUAAACGGCAGAUAUAUUAUAAAUUUAGAAAAAAAUGUUGCAAAAUGAUGCGGUACGCAAUUUACAAUAUGACAGCGAAAUACGUGUGGCCCAACAAACGAGAUCAGAACCAAGAGUUUUAGAUGGACCAGUUAGUAUAACAACCCAGCCCAGAGGUACUCAACGCAUAUCUUUACCAGUUUCGACUGUAGAACAAAAUGCCAGAAUCGGAUCCACUUAUGUACCUUUAACAGGUUACAGUUUUCUAGUAGACCUACCCUCGGUUCAUAUAGAACAAACAUUUGAACUGAAUGACUCUCUCACAUCUGUAACAUCGGAAAAUCGUUUUGUAGUCCGUUCACCUUUAGGCGAUGCCAUAUAUGCUGCUUCGGAAUACUCAACCGAGAAAAAUCGUUUAAUUUGGGGUUCUGCCCGUCCCUUUCAAAUGCAUGUCAUCGAUAAAACCUAUCAGGAGGCAAUGGUAUUUCACAAGAAAUUAUCUUUAGGUUUUAUGUGUUGUCAACCGAAAAGUUUAGAGGUAUGGAUACCACCGGGUAAUAUAUUGGGACGUAUUGUACAAUCUCCAACAAUAACAAAACCAGAGUUUUAUAUAGAGGAUGGUGCAACGAAUUCGCCCAUAUUUUGCAUUGAAGGUCCCUCAAAUUCUGGAUUUUGUUGUUUUUGUGUACCCAAAGAAACAUAUUUUAAGAUACACUCGGGUGGCGAUUUAAGGGCAUCUAUUGAUCGCAAAUGGUUGACAGGCAAAUCUCAAUAUACAACAAAUAUAUAUUACAGCGAUUCCAAGUUAAAUGCUAAGGAAAGAGCAUUAAUAUUGGGAGCAGCUUUUCUUUUGGAAUACAUGUAUUUCCAAACACGUUUCUGAGAUGGAAGUUAAUAGACAAAAUAAUUUUGUUACGAUGAUGAAGAAGAAUGCUAACUUUUUAUAACAAAUAUUCUAAGUUAUAUAUGAAACAAUCUGGAUAUUGGCAAAAUUUAAAGAAAUUUUCGACAAAAUCCUUAAAUUUACAUUAAUUUAAAAUUGAAAAAAAAAACCAAGAAAAUGUUUAGAUAUAUUUUUAAAAUUUUUUUUAUUUUAUUUUUUGUUUGUUAUUUCAAACAUUUUAUUUUUUUUUUUACUUUUUCAAUUGUGUUUCUUUCUUCACAUACACAAAAUAAUUACAAAUAAUGUAAUUAUAUAUAUAGUUAUUUACUAUAAAGUUUAUAUAUAUUAAUAUUGUAUAUAUUAAUAUUGUUAAUGAUAUAC